CUGGUCUUAUGGAAGGUGACCCGAGUCCGAUCCUAUCCUAAUGACCAUUUUGCUCCAUCUACUUAGUUUGAACAGCGACGCAGAACGACAAGAAUGCUAUUCAGGUGAACUCGUCUCCUCUUUUAGGAGUUAGAAGAAAUUUCAAAAGCGCAAAACACAUGACGAGGAUAAUAUCGCCUGGCGGUCCGCCAAUUGGCGGCGUUGCAGCAAAAGUGAGAGCGUUUAGUAGAAAUCCAAAUCCUGCCGGUUUGGGUUUGCCUCCUAGAGGCGAUGGUCGUGGUGCCCCGCCAACAUCGGGACCACGACAGCCGACGACUCUUCGAGUAGGAGACUCCUCUGGUGGAGGCCCUGCAGAACAAGAUGAUGAAUAUGCAACUUCGAGAAGUGCAAUCGUAACAACUCAUCAAGAUCAAUAUGCGGGAUCGUCGAGUUCAACUGCACCUGCAGUAUCCUUGAAGAGUACAGCAGGAGCUCCGCCAGCUACAUUCUGCAGUCUUCUCGCGCCUGAGUUAACGCACGGACUCACGCCGUCUGAGAUUGCAGAACUGGAGGCAAGUAUGCGCGAGGACCUAGGUUUAGGUCCUAGUAGCUCAUCUGGAGUUUCUACUCUAGUGAUGCCAAACCCAAAGUAUUAUGCAGUUGAUACUAAUCUUAGUCAUGAUCGGGAGGAAGAAGAAGAACCGCGUACGAGCAUUCCGUCAAGACAAGAAGCGCCCUCAUUGCCGUCGAAAGGUGGUUGUGCCAGUAAUGCUGGAGUAGAGACACAAGCCUCCAUUCGGAGUGAGCCGACGCGUCUUCUGGUCAAUUUCUAUCCGCGUAGCGGCGGACGCGAUCGAGCUAUGUCGGCGGGCGAGUCUGGCUCUGAGAAUUUAGUGUCUGGCGGAACGCCAAAAGCAAAGGCCCGCACUCAUGCCGCAACGCGGAUCACAAGUCAUGCCCCGACCUACGUCGAGGUCACGCGCGUUAACCUCUCGGAGUCAGCGUCGGCCAGCAGGUAGUAGAUUCAUAAUUCGAAAAACUAAUGACUAGUAUAAUGUGAGAAUGCCAAGCAUAUCCAUAUCAUGAAUAUGUGUAUAUUCUGUAGGUCCAAUAAGAUCAUUGCCAUCACUAUCACCGUUUGCUCAUUUUCAUGGUACUAGCUAGUCGUCGUAACUCUCUGUUAGUGUUACCUCCUCCUGGCGUAAUGGUUUUCCGCAUUGCUUGUACAGGAUCGAAGAACCACGAGAGGAACCCAACGCCUCUGUCCCAUCAACCGGGGUGACAGCUGAUCGCUUGCGUCGUUCGUCUAGCAUCGAUUUGAGUAUUGAGGGGUACGAACCAACCAUGGAGCACUUACGGCAGAUGGCACUGCCAACCUCAACGCCAGCAGCAUACUCAGAAUUCGCCGAUUCUCAGGAGGUAGAUUCCUUGCGCUUCCCGCCAGAGAGGGAACACAAGGAUGCACCUUGGCCACUUCGCGCGCGCGCCAUUUAUGUCACAGAUGAUGAUGAUGAUCAUGAUCAGGCGGAAUUCGUUCAUGAUAGUACUCCAGAGCAGUCACAAGAACGUUUUUUUGAGGAAACAACAACAACUGAGGUAAAGCUGGGUCAACAACAGGUAGAAGAAGAAGAGACGGACCAACAGGGACUAGUGGGAAUCAUGGAGACCACAUCUUGUGAGGCUUUGGUAGGAGAGAUCGAUGAAGCUCGGCGAGCGCUUGAGCGUCGUAGCGAUCUACUGAGUCCUGUGCUAUCGAGUAGUCAGCGAGAAAGUAUUGCUCCUCUGCCGCUGGGAAGCAGUCGAGCAAUAUGUCGAGCUUUUGAAAACGAACAAGAAAGUGUGCGCGACGUGAAGGCGUUGCCGAACACGCGUCCAAUUCGGAAAGGGCCUAAAUCGACUGCAAGACGAAAGCACACUGCGAUUAGCCAUAGUAGAAUACCCGAUGUGGGGCACAUGAUUAUGUCUUGCCGCUAAAAAGAAAUAACUCCAAUUUUGUUGUUGAGAAAAACCUAGCUGGUUAAAUCGCUGAUCAAGAAUCUCAGGAGUCGUAUUUGUCUGAAAGGGAUGAGAAAUCGCUCAUGUGCGGCUUUUUUAUCUGUGUGUUUCUAAGAAUUUGACCCACCAGCGAAGCGGGGUCCCCAAUUAUCCGUAUACACGGGGCAUGUUUCGUCGUCGAAGCAGGACGCUCUCCGGCAGCGCAAGCGCACGCAGUGCAGACGGUGUUGGCGCCAAGUAUUUCUGCAUCUCCACACCAAACACGAACUCGUCUCCCUUGCUUGCAGCGAAACUUCUGGGCCAACAGCGGAUGCGAGCGGCUAGCUAUGGCGCACUCGAGUCUCCAGUGGAAGAUGUUGUAUUCGGGGAAUACAUCAGGGAAGACGAGCAGGACGUCGAAAUAUUAAGGGUUUCCAAAUUUCAUCAUCCACUAACAUCCUUCCCCUUACCCUAAUUUCUAGUAGGGAGAAGGUCAAGGAUGCUCUGGGGAAUGUAAUUCGGCAACCUCUAGAAAUAGGAGAAAAGGCGCCUGCUGGUGACCGACUUGGAGGUCUGAGCAUAGUCGAUUUUGAGAGAAGUCCUGGCCAAGAUCAAGACCGAGUUGGAGCUCUGAGCCUAGUCGAUUUUGAGAAAAGUCGUGGUGAAGAACAAGAUGAUCCCCAAGCACUAAAGGCGAAGAUAGCAUCGCUGCGUGAUGAGCAUCAUGAUCAUCAAGAAGUAGGAGCUGCGGAGGAGAGAGAAGGCCGUGCAUCGACAUUGGAUGAAAAGGUGGAUGAGCUGUCCGCACUGGUGCGCGAACACAACAAAAGGGGUGACGAGGCUGGAAGGCGGAGCAGAGUUCAAAGCCGUCGGGCGUCAUCUGACCGGAGAGCAAAAGGGGCACCAAUGUCGAGUCGUCCUCCCAUGGUUGCAGAAGACUCCUCGGGAGGUGGCUCUUCUUUACCUCCAAGAGACACAGCGUCGUCCACUUCAAUGGAUAAACAGAGAGCGGCAGCAGCACUAGAAAAUAAUAAGGUGCGGUCGACCAGUAAGCAAGCAGAGCUUGGAAGUGGGAAGCUACCGGCGCGACCAGUUUUGCAGCACGAGGAAGCGUCGCGUGGGGAAGAGGGCUCUGCUGUUGCAGUUGCGGAAGGCGCACAAGGUCGAUUAAGUUUACUGCGGCCCGCGCGCGUAACAGCGCGAUCUGCGGCGUCGAGUCAGGGUGGUGGGCGAAGCACCAGCGCCAGGGGUCAGCCAAGCCAAGCAAAUCCUCAUGGUUCUUCAGUCGGAUUCUCUCAACAACUGCUACUACAACAAGGCUCCUCAGCGUCCAAGAGUAGCGCAUCUUCCACAGGUCCAAAAGGGGCUGCUUCUAAAACUACCACGCCAAUAUUGUCUGCAGCUUAUGCUGGAGGUUCUGGCUCGUCGCAUCAAAGCAAGGAAAUUUUGCGAGUCGCGCAACAAAGCCUUCUACAGCAGACGCAACAGCUUGUUUUGCGGUGUUCCGCACGUGCAGCUGAGCAGAUUCGAGGCGACCUCAGCGCUGAAGUAGCGCAGCAGCUCCAGACAGCAGCGUGCGAGAACGAAGCUGCGUUCGAGCGUGCCACUGGAAGCAUGCGUGAAAAGGUGAACGCGAUGGAUGUUGUUACAACACGUAUGGACGCGCGCUUGGCGCAUGUAAACGCUGAAAUCGACGCAAUUCGCGAAGAAUUUUAUGACGGACAAACCCGUCUCCGAGAGGUGCAGGGCGAAAUUUCCGUAGAAGUCGAAACGGCGCAGAAAGAUCUCGCAAGAAGAAUCGACGUGCUUUUAUGGUCACAUCGCAAGAAUUGUUUUGGUGUGUAUAAGUACUUCUUACUGUUCCUUCUUCUACUACUGAGGCUAGGAGUUGGAGUAAGCUGCACCAAUAGAUUAAGUACGUGUACGAUCACGCAUGAGACAGACGGACACACGACAUUCGAGAUUCAAUUCAUGAUCUAAUGUUCGGAGAUGAGUUUACAGCCUUGCGAAGCGGCGUAGAGGAGAUGCGCGCAGGCAGAGACGAGGAUGCCGAAAAGCUGAAAAAUGCCAUGCAGAGGGACUCGAAGCGAUUAGGAGGUACUCGGAUUAUCAGGAAAAAGCGGACAUGAUUACUGUUGCAUGAUGAAUCUCGAUACUGUUGCAUGAUGAAUCUUUCGAGAAGUCUAGGUAUGCGAUGCUAUGUAUCUAUAAAAGACUUUGCGACCAAAGAUGGAUUAGUUGGGCAGUUAAAGUUUGACGAAGCUACUGAUCGGUUUUUAUCCUCAACUGAUUUCCGGACGUCCUCUUGCAGGUACCGCACAAGAGUUGCGGCGUCUGCAGACCGACUUUACUGUGUUGCGAACAGAAGUUGAGAGGCGAAUAAAAGCGACAGAAACAGCGAUGAAAAAGGAUAUUCGUUUGCAUGCUCGCAAAGUAUGCGCGCAGGUAAUAUAUUUAGCAGGGCUCUCGGGGUCAUCCGUAGUAGUCUAGAUACCAUCUUGAAGAGGCCGCGUCGCCGCCAGUUUUGGGCAUUGCUUUGAGCGUGGGCGCGGGUGCUCUCGCUUCAUAUGACGGGCACCGAGAUGAAUAACUAUGCGGCCCCGCGCCUGUGCGUACGCUUUGUCAAAUAGGCGCGCCGCGAGUGGAGCACAUGGCGGAAGCGGAUAAGGGACCUGCCAAAAGCUUGCACAUCCGUGGCCACUCUUCCUUGGAGAAACUGCCGCGCAUUUUAACAGGGGGGCGCGUGCGUGUCGUCGUGGCCUCAGUGUGCUGCGUGACAUCGCGCAAGGCGCGUGACAUCGCGCAAGGCACACCCAAGCAGAGGCGGGCGGCUUUUUGUCCAGUAUUCCUGAGCUGGGGCAGGCAGCCAGGGCGGCCUGCGCCCUUCCUGCGGAAGUCACUCGAGCGGGGUGGUGCAGUCUGUCAGGCAGUGGCGUGCAGCGUCGAAGUUGUGGGCUCUUGCAAGGUGAGGGCUUGGCUCAUUCAUUGCAUCUGAGGCGCAGGGCUCGCGGUGUGUGGAGCGGAUUCGAAUGGCGGACAGUCUCGCACCUAAGAGGGGGCGCCCUUUCGCGCAGGCCGUGCUGUCUGUCUUGGUGGCCGAAGAGGUCGCACCUUCGUGGCAGUUGCCUCGCUCUCUAACUUUCGCAGACUCUCCGCGUGGGUCUUGCGGCACAAACUUGCCGGCCAUGAAUUGAGGCCCGUGCUCACUUGAGAGGCGUGCCGAAUUUGGAAAAAGUAAGCGGGACGCGUUGGGGCUGUUGGAUGGGCAGGAGCUCCGUGCCUUUCUGGGAGUGACGUUGUCCACUUGUUUUUAGAUGGAUACCAAGGCAGGAACGAACCAACCCCAGGAGGCCCUAGAGGACCUGGAGACAAGGGCCACGGGCUUCGCUCACCUCUCUGGGGUUGUCUCGCCACUGUCAGCCUCGGGCAAACUCUGACGCUCUGGCGGGGACUCCGAUGGCAUGCCGCGCGCCUGCUGAGUUUUACUCACAAGGGGCCAACCCUGAAGGAGAAGCUUCGCCGGUCUGUCAGGAGAGUGGAAAGCUUUGAGGCUGGCCCUCGGGUACCUUGCAGCGCUAGCCUCAAAGACUGCAGCACUUGACUGCCGCGAUAGCUCUACAAGACGCGCCUGGGCGUGCUUCUCUAACCGUCAAGAGGACGCUACUGUGUUCGACGAAGACGGUGGCGCGCUUUUUGGACGAGGGCAGCUUUCUCGGCUUGGUCUCGACUGGCCUCCGUUAAUGGAACUCGGCGAAAACUUCGAUAGUAAUCGACGAGGGCCGCGUCAAGUGUCAGCUCUUUAAGGGCUUCGCCUCCUUCGUCCAUUUCGGUGAGCAUGGCCUGCCUUGCCAUCGCGGGGGAUGGUUGUUGUAUGAACAUGGAGAGAAGUAGCCGGCUGUUGAGUAGUAACCUGAUAAAUGGACUGCAGCCGGUCGCGCCGUUGUGCAGAAGAUGGCCGGGCGAUGACGAGGGUGAGAGGGGGGGCCUGCUCGUCUGAGUAUUACAAACCGCGCGAAGAAACUGGAACACGGAGCACCGACGUGGACUGCUCAAGGGGGACGCGUCUGCCUCGUGCGGGUUCUCGUGGUGGUUGCUUAUCCCGCUGGCAGCGGGCGGCGCUCCAAGUGCCACUGCCAGCUGGGGCUGGCUGGUUGUUGGCUUGCCGCUGGUCGGAUGUAGUGGGCCUGGGCGUCACCGGGAGACUAAGCUACCGUGUCGAGCCGGGGCCGGCGGGCCGUGCGUGGGUGGAUUGUUCGAUCAGCAAGCCAAGGCAAGGCCAUGAAAGUGAAAGAAGCAAAGGACAGGAGAGACGCCGCGGCCGCGAAUGUGGGAGCCUUGUCGGUCCAAGGGGCACGAGAAGUGGAAAAUAUAAAGAAAAGCAUGCCCCAAAAUAGUCUGCGUUUUUCUCUGGGCUUUCCGCUGAGUUUGCCAUAUGAAAAUGAUUGAAUGAUAGUGAUGAUAUGGCUGUCGCUACUCAGACUCCGGCUGCGUUGUAUCGUUCAACUUUUCAAUCAUACGACAAGGAGCUGCAAAAGGGGCUCGGCGCUAGUGCAUUGAGCGAGAUUAGCGCUUUGGAGGCAGAAGAGGCUGGAGAGAAUUUCGUGACGCCGCAUGGUAGUAGUAGCACACGAUUCAUUCCAACACGAGACAAGAAAGACGCAGCAGGUAAUAUCACACGUUUGAGAGAUACUUCGAGAUUGUUGUCAAGUACAAACGAAAACGUCAUCACCAUGUGAGUUGCGCUACCUCAACCUUUCAUGAUCUACUUGGAUCUUCAUUUUGAGUUUUAGAUUUAGAACCUUCACGUUGAUCGGGAAGCAACUCACAGUGACGUGGUGGAAUUGCAACCAUUGACUGUACUCACAAUUUACACAUCAGGGGGUCAAACAUCGUUCACGGCUUUUUCCGCAGAAAACGCCGGAGAAGGUUCUUUGUCUUUGUCUGCGAGCGCGUCGUCGUCGAGCGUCGCUAAAGACGGCGCUGCAGGACCUGAGCAGUUAAAAAUUUCCGGUGUGCCAUCACAAGUCUUCCGUAGUGCGGCUCACGCUGGUGGCGAAGGGUCGUCGACGACGGCAAGUAGGAAUGCGGCAGAGGGUGGGACGCCGACGGCCGCGUCCUCGGAACAGGAGUUCAAGCGAAAGGUAGCAGUGGAAUGCAGGAAGCACAUCGCUGCGUUUGAAAAUUCAGUCUUCAAAAAACAGCAAGAAGCACAAGCCGCACAGUUUGCAGACUCUGAUCGCACGCUGCGCAAAAUUAUGUACAACUUCAGGAUAAUCUUUAUCUGAUUUAAAUUGUGAUCCACACUCUUCUUCAUUUUAUUCUUAAAGACUCGGGAAAAAAAAAAGAAUAUUUAUAAUAAAUACCGGAAUUGUGAAAAAACCAAAUAGAACAAGUUGCCCUCGUCGGCCUUUGCGUCCCUCUUUCAUGUUAUCCGUUGUCUCGUUGUCUGCGCGGCUGGACCAGUGUUGCGAGAAGCAGAAAGGGCUAGCUCGACGAAUGAAGCAGCUGGAGGACAGCACUACGGGUCACGCGGUGCAGUUGAGCAGAUCGUUUGAGCAGGGAUUCGCAGAGCUCGCUUCGCGCGUAGAUCGGCAGCUGACCGCAGUCCUCGAGACGGCGAAGUGCUACCGACAAGAGACGCACGCACGACUGACAGGCCUGCGGGAUGAGGUGCGGGAGGAGGUAAGCGCUGAGUUGCGUGCCUCGGUGAACAACCUUGUGCAAGAUGCCGUCCGGAGGUGUCUUGGGCAUAGCGGACAGCGUGACUCAACAGUCGCGGACAGUCUCCCUGCGCGGAUCGAGGAAGGGGAUGCGAACGCGGAUGCUUUCUGUUCUCGGAGUGUUUCAUCAAACGAAGACCAAACCGGAGCGACACCGAGUGGCGCAAAGAGCAGGAGUGCGAUGCGGGCGGCGAUCGCGAAGAAUUCAGGUGGCAAGCUUUCGUCAGGCCGGAAAAAGUUUAUGAAUAGACGCGCGCUUGCCGGGAGACCAUUACACAAGAAGCGGCACGGGGCAAAGAGUAUCAGCGCGAGUCAUAGCUCAGCAAGCCUGACCGGUACUGUGGACGAUGCGUGGGAGCUCGGUGCUGGAGAUGGAGGUACGCGAGUACAGUGUGCGUAAUGAUUUUUAAGAUUUUUUUACCACUUACAGAUGGAUACCGAGGCAGCGAUUGCACGCCUGUGUGCUCGUUGCACUACUUUGGUUCUGGUGGAAUUCGUGAAGAUUGCCAGGUCGUUUCUUUGUUCAUCCCUUCAAACUCAAGUUUGAUUUGUCAUAGUGCGUUGAUGUAGCUCAACAUCUGUAGUUGCCUUAAAAUUUUGAUUUCCAGGUCCAUCCGAGUCCGAUAUUGGCAAUGAGAUUCCGAUUUCGUCGCAACAAGUACACGCAGAUUUGAAGACUAUGCGGCUCACGACUCCGCGGGAUAGGACUACGAAUGGUAAGCUGAUGAAGAGUAACACUACACCUGUCCCUGCUUCUGUGAACAGAGAGCCGACAGUCUUGAGAGGUGGCCAUUUGUCCGAAGAGCGACGAAACAGCCUCUCGAGAGCCCACCUGUUGGCAGCAGAACACGCUGAGAUCGAUACGAGCGGGCAAGUGACUCCUUUGGAGGUCGAGAGCUGUUAAUGCGAACGCCAAGACUAGGGUAUCGUAUCCAUAGUUACAUGAGCUAGGGCAAUCGCUUUAUAUUGGUUCGUUUUUAUCAAAUGCGGACAUGAUAAGUACUUCCUUACAUAAAAUGAUGACCAUGCACUUGUUCUAAGCUCUAUAAGCAAUGUGCUUUUUUAGAGUAUAGUUGCAGACCACUAGGUUCAGGUUCUGGCUGUGACGCUCUGCUCCUCGGAGAAAGACUCGAGAUUUUGAGAAUAUAGAUUCAUAGUUCUUGUUGGAAAACUACAGAGGUGCUCGUGAUAAAUCGCCGCUACAGCACAGAAUACAUUCCCUGAAAAAACCUCUACAUUUCAAAUUCGCGUAUUAAUGACUUGAACGGAGUUUCUGUAGACCAGAUGAAUUACUUAGCUACUUACAGUCCAGCUUGAACCCGAGCGGUGUAAUCCCCGUUAUGAAAUGAAAGAUCGCGAGCCUGGGUGGGAGGAGAUAUCACUUUGGGCUGAAAAGAUUUAUUCUAUGCCGCCGCGACAUGAAUGAACGAAAAAAACAAGAUUAGAGAACAUAAUCCUGAGCUUAAUCUGAAUAGCACACAUGCGAACUGUUUUCAUCCAUUUUCCCUUGAUUUCUCAAAAGCGAACCACGAUUUUAUUACUUAUUCAUCUAUGCAGCAAUGAAUUCAUCAGAACGGCAAGCAAAUGAGUCCCAAUGAAUCUUAAAAAUACAAACUUCUUACCUUUAUGACUUUCAAAUAUACUACUAUCUAAGUUCCACCUUCCAGCGUGUCGUUUGAGAAAACUUAGACAUAGCCUAAAAGAAUGCACACACAACACGGCCGCGAUCGAUGUUUUUUUCGAAAUUGCUCAACCAAGAUAUCAUACAAUGAAUAGAAGACAUUGAUGAUCCUCCGAUUAGCGAUAGCGAAGAAAAAGAAAUGCUGUCUUUUACAGGAUCACUUACGAAUGGACAAUCAACCUGGUCAGCACCUUGAGGUGUCAAAACCAAAACAAAUCGACAAUAAACUCUAGGGCAAUUAUGCGCGAAAAACUUC